AUGGAUGAGGAAAGAGAGACUGCGGUAGAGGCAUCAAAAAUCUACUAUCACCCAAAAGCUGCUAAAUUUGUGAAGAACUUUAUCCCCCUCUUCGAUCGCGUCCUUGUACAGCGCUUCGAAGCUGAAGUCACCACCAAAGGUGGAAUAAUGAUUCCAGACAAGGCCAAGGGCAAAGUUCUUGAAGCUAAGGUGGUUGCUGCUGGCCCUGGACAUGUGAAUGAACAAGGGAAAACUGUUCCGCUGUGUGUGAAAGUGGGCGAUAAGGUUUACUUGCCAGAAUACGGUGGCACUAAAGUUGUUUUUGAGGACCAGGAAUUUUUCCUCUUCCGCGAAAGUGAUAUUCUUGGAAAGUUUAAGAACUGA